AUGGCAACCAACCCACAACCUCCUCGCCCCACCUUCACAACCUCCCUCCUCGCCGGCGCAUUCGCAGGAACAGCUGUAGACCUUGCUCUUUUCCCAAUCGACACCAUAAAGACACGAUCCCAAGCGCCCGGUGGAUUCCUAGGGAAUGGCGGGCUCAAAGGCUGCUACCGUGGAGUAGGCGCCAACAUAAUUGGGUCGGCGCCCGGUGCUGCUCUCUUUUUUGUAACAUAUGAUUAUACGAAAGGAUUUCUCUCUGCGCGAAGACAUGCGAAAGAGAUAACUGAAGGCGGACCGAGUGACUGGGAGGCGCCUAUUGAGCAUAUGGUGGCGGCGAGUUUGGGGGAGGUAGCGGCUUGCGCCGUGAGGGUUCCCACAGAAGUGGUGAAGACAAGAACUCAAGCUGGGCAACAUCCGACUUCUUUAUCUGCUCUUCAGGCUAUCCUAGCACAGCAUAAAACCAUAGGGGUUUCGGGGGUUUGGGGACAGAUGUACAGAGGCUGGUCGGUCACGAUCAUGAGAGAGGUGCCAUUUACGGUCAUACAAUUUCCACUAUGGGAGGCUAUGAAGGAGUACAGACGCAGAAAAUCCGGUAGAGAGGAGAUUAACGCCUUAGAGAGCGGAGUUCUUGGAAGUGUUGCUGGAGCUGUUGCUGCAGGAUUUACGACGCCUUUAGAUGUUUUGAAGACGAGAAUGAUGUUAGCGCAGGAAAAAACACCAUUCUUCACUAUGCUUAAUCAGAUACUGAAGGAUCAUGGAUACAAAGCUUUCUUUGCCGGAAUCGGACCUAGAAUUAUGUGGAUCAGUAUUGGGGGUGCCAUAUUCCUGGGUUCAUACCAGUGGGCCGCAAAUACACUGACAGAAAAGAGACAUGGGCGUCCAUUGUAA